AUGCACGCGACGAGUGCUUUUGAGACCUUUGUCCUCGCACCGCUCGUGGUGCUGGGCGUGGUGUACAAUGUAGUCCAGCUGGUUCCGUCUGUAUAUCUCCCGCCAUCGCUGGGGCUGGGGUACGCAAGCGACCUCUUUUUGCUCUGGCAGCAGCGCACGACCGUCUCGAUGCAAGCGCUCCGCGAGGCGUUCCUGCCCCAUGGCGCGCUGGGGCGCAUGCCACUCGUCCAGCAAUGGCGCGAGCGCUUUGGCGAAGAGGGGAUCGAGCGCCUGCUUUGGCGCCUGUCGAGCGUCGACGGAAGGAAACUGUAUUUGGUUCUCGGCGCAUCACCGGUCCUUGCGUGCUCGUUCUGCUCGUCCAGGGGCGACUAUGAGCUGUACGCUAUUCUCACACUGCUUGGGCCCUACCUCGCUACAGCCGUGCUCCUUGCACUGCUGACCAUACCCCCCAAGGGCACCUUGCCGCGUGCUUUUCAGUGGCUCGUCGGCGGUGAAAACGCCCCGCCGACCUCGGUCACGGCGCACUACUCGCGCGAGGCCUCGCGCACGUCGGCCAUGUCUGUGCUUGUCGCGGCAUUUGCCGCAGAAGUGUUUCUCAUCCUGCGCGCAGACAUGCUCGGCGCAGUGCACGGACGCUGGGAACAUUGGCACGCCAAUGCACACCUCGCGCGGCAUACCCUCUUUCUCGUGCUGAUCCUGUUGGUCUACCCAGCAGUAGUCGUCAUUCGUGCGCUUCGGGGCCUUUCGGUGACUGCGGCACACUUUGACGCCGUCCUCGAGCAGGCAGCACACCAGACUGCCAAGACCUCUGGAAAGGAGGCAACUUGUUAUGCCGGUGGCCAUAUUAUCAGUUUUGGCAGCUUCGGUAAUGGCUACAACGGUGUCGGAGGCAUUUCCUUUGUCGACCAGUUCUUUCUUGGAUACUACAGUGGCUUUGAGGGCCUCGUUUACCACGCCCUGUUCCUGUUCUCGCUGGCUAACCGCAAGUUCAAUUUCAUCUUUGACCGUGGCAUGUCCAGUCUGGGCACAGUUAUUACGGUGGUGUUCCUCGGCUUGGUCAUGAUUAUGGUCGUGGUCACGAUGAGCUCGCUAAUGUUCUUCAAGUCGAUUUUCCUUAUUAUCUGCUUCGUCGUGCCUCGCAUAUACGGAGCCAUCUUUUUCACGGUCUUUUGUAUCCUUCCAGACCUGGUCUUUAGCGUCAUGAUGGCGAUUCCCUCUGUUGUGAACGCAUUUGACAUGACACAGUACGAGACACCAGAAGAAGUGCAGCACCGUGAACCUCUUCAAAUGGAGGAGCAAAAGUAA